AUGAAUCGUUCCCUUGCAAAUGUGAUUCUAGGGGGCUAUGGCACUACAUCAACAGCUGGUGGGAAGCCCAUGGAAAUAACCGGAACCCACACAGAAAUCAAUGUGGACAAUGCAAUUGAAAUGAUAAAGGAAGCCAGCAAUAUUAUUAUUACUCCAGGUUAUGGUUUGUGUGCAGCAAAAGCUCAGUACCCUAUAGCUGAUCUGGUGAAAAUGUUGAGAGAACAAGGGAAAAAUGUCAGGUUUGGUAUUCACCCUGUGGCUGGCCGUAUGCCUGGUCAGCUGAACGUACUCCUAGCAGAAGCUGGUGUCCCUUAUGAUAUCGUACUGGAAAUGGAUGAGAUCAACGAAGACUUCCCAGAAACUGACUUAGUCCUUGUAAUUGGUGCAAAUGAUACAGUUAAUUCAGCAGCUCAGGAAGAUCCAAACUCUAUCAUCGCUGGAAUGCCAGUUCUUGAGGUUUGGAAGUCCAAACAGGUCAUUGUAAUGAAGAGAUCUUUGGGAGUCGGUUAUGCAGCGGUGGACAAUCCAAUCUUCUACAAACCCAAUACUGCUAUGUUACUGGGAGAUGCUAAGAAGACUUGUGAUGCCCUGCAGGUCAAAGUCAGGGAAUCGUAUCAAAGCUAAAUACUGAUUUAUAUUUCACUCAGA